CGCUGUUUACCUUGACAGCGAACGCAGCUGCGUAUCUACCGCAGCUAUAUACAUGCGCAGUACGGCCCGAGGUCUUUAACCAUGGCUGGUACACGAUGGCUUCUGCUACUGUACUUCAUUACUGGCGUUGUGCUUCCUGAGGUGCAGCUCUUCUCUACAAGCCCAUUGCUUUGCCAGCGAUUGAUUUCAUUCAUACCUAGGUUUCAUGCCAGACAGUGCACUUUUCCAUGCCGGCUUCUCUCCGAUGAUGUUCACUUCCUUGGCAGAUCUCCAAUAAUAUUUCAAACGGAGCAGGACUGGACGCCUUGCACUGCCUCAAGUGAAUUCACUGGCGAGCACCAGGUCGGUCACUGCAUUAGUGGUAUAUGCAUGCCACUACAAGCUCAUCCUGCACAGAAGCGGCGGAAGCGGUCGGUGUUACUCACUAUGGCAGCAAUUCGUGCGGGAAAAAGGCUUAUAACCAAGCUUGCCAAUCGUGGACCAUAGAUGGACUUAAAGACAGGCACUCUUAAUGGCAGUAAAAGUUUUAAAAACUAAUUAGCAAAUUAGUUGAAAAAUUACAAAUAGGUUAGCACAGCACAGAAGGUGGGUAUAGCUUAUACAGGGAACGAGAUUUGAUCCAGGAAUAAGCAGAAUUUUGUGUACAAACUGCAAAAACGCCGUAAAUGAGUAAGAUAACUUCCGCACAGAAGGGCUGGCGUUCAUUCAGAAACAAUAUCUAGUCAGGGACAGCAUCAGACAGAGAGAUGUGGGAUCCAACGAAACUGUGCUUGAAUUUAUUCUUUGACAUUAGGUGUAGAAAGUGGCUAAGUUCUUUGAGAGCAUAACAGGGACAAAACAAAUAAACAACAACAGUGACUUUAAUGGAGGUGGACUAAGGGAAUAUUUCUCAUAGCAAUGAAGGCCUCACAAUAAAACUGUUAGAACGCUUCUCUGCAUAUUUUAUGCCUAUAUACUUAUGGUAUUGGCGGCAUGAAUUAUUAUAAGAUAUCUAUCACUGGCAAUCCGAACUUCCGAUACCUGCCGGAUUUCCGCAGAAGUGAUAUUUCAUAUGCUGGGUCUGUGCACUGAGAGUUAUCGAUUCACUCGGCCCCGCUCUACAACCUUUCAGCCUUCUGGUUGGUUUCAUAAUAGGUCGACCACAGCGGAACGAUACUGGUCUUGGGCUUGGUCUACGGACGAGGAAAACAUAUUUGAGAAGCUAUCCUUGUGAUGCAUCCAUAGGAGUUCCUUCUAGCUACUUGUUAUUAUCAGGUGGAGGAGAAUAUUGCGUUUCGUAGAACUGCUACCCCUCACAGUUCGUCGUAGAACUGCUUUGCUCAACCUAGAACCAUUUGAAAUUACUUCAUCUGACCUCUUACAAAAAGACUAAGCUUGUGAUACAUUCUUGCAGAAGAUCAGUAAGACGAAGAAACAUGUCGUAAGUCACUCGAGAGUG